AUGUCUACCGCCGCUGCCCCUUUUAACAGGGAAGCCUUAGAGCAAGUGUUGAAGAGAAGAUUCUUCUUCGCGCCAGCCUUCGAAAUCUACGGAGGUGUUUCUGGAUUGUACGACUACGGACCUCCAGGUUGUGCCUUGCAAGCCAACAUCAUCGACACAUGGAGAAAGCACUUCAUUUUGGAAGAAGACAUGUUGGAGGUCGACUGUACCCUGUUGACGCCCCACGAGGUGUUGAAGACCUCUGGUCACGUCGACAAGUUUGCUGACUGGAUGUGCAAGGACUUGAAGACAGGAGAGAUCUUCCGUGCCGACCACUUGGUGGAAGAAGUUUUGGAGGCACGUUUGAAGGGUGACAAGGCUGCCAGAGGCAUUGCCGUCGAGGAGGAGGAAGAAGACGCCGACAAGAAGAAGAGAAAGAAGAAGGUCAAGGAGAUCAAGAACGUCAAGUUGGACGACGAGGUGGUCAAGGAGUACGAGAACAUCUUGGCCCAGAUCGACGGCUACUCGGGUCCUCAGUUGGGCGAGUUGAUCACCAAGUACGAAAUCAACAACCCUGCCACCAACGGCAAGUUGGAGCCUCCAGUGGAGUUCAACUUGAUGUUCGAAACCGCCAUUGGUCCUUCCGGCCAGUCCAAGGGCUACUUGAGACCAGAAACCGCCCAGGGCCAGUUCUUGAACUUCUCCAAGUUGUUGGACUUCAACAACGAAAAGAUGCCUUUUGCCUCUGCCUCCAUCGGUAAGUCUUUCAGAAACGAAAUCGCCCCAAGAGGUGGUUUGUUGAGAGUCCGUGAGUUCUUGAUGGCUGAAAUCGAGCACUUCAUUGACCCUGACAACAAGUCCCACUCCAGAUUCUCCGAGGUCGAGCACGUCAAGUUGAGAUUCUUGCCAAAGGAAGUCCAGGAGUCCGGUUCGACCCAGCUCAUUGAAAAGACUGUUGGCGAAGCUGUCAAGACUGGCUUGGUCGACAACGAAACCUUGGGUUACUUCAUUGCCAGAAUUUACUUGUUCUUGACCAAGAUUGGUGUUGACUCUGAAAGAUUGAGAUUCAGACAACACAUGUCCAACGAAAUGGCCCAUUAUGCUGCCGACUGUUGGGAUGCUGAACUCCAAACCUCGUACGGUUGGAUCGAGUGUGUUGGUUGUGCCGACAGAUCUGCAUACGACUUGAGUGUUCACUCUGCUAGAACCAACGAAAAGUUGGUGGUUAGACAAGCCUUGCCUGAACCAGUCACCGUUGAAAAGUUAGAGAUCGAAAUUUCCAAGAAGAAGUUCGGUCCAAAGUUCAGAAAGGAUGCUGGUACCAUUGAAAAGUGGUUAUUGGCUAGAACCGAAUGUGAAUUGGAAGACUUGGGUAAGGAAUUGAAGGAAAACGGUAAGAUUGUUGUUCAAGUCGACUCCCUUCCAGAAAAGACUGAAUUGGACACCGACUUGAUCAAGAUCGAAAAGGUUACCAGAACCGAACACAUCCGUGAAUUCACUCCUAACGUCAUUGAACCAUCCUUCGGUAUUGGCCGUAUUCUUUACUCCAUUUUUGAACACCAAUUCUGGACCAGACCAGGCGAUGCUGACAGAGGUGUCUUGUCCCUCCCACCAUUAGUUGCCCCAACCAAGGUGUUGUUGGUCCCAUUGUCCUCUACCGCCGAAUUGCAACCUAUGGUCAAGAAGGUUUCUUCUUACUUGAGAAAGCAACAAGUUCCAUUCAAGGUCGACGACUCCUCUGCCUCCAUUGGUAAGAGAUACGCCAGAAACGAUGAGUUGGGUACUCCUUUCGGUAUCACCAUUGAUUUCGAAUCCAUUAAGGAUGACUCCGUCACCUUGAGAGAAAGAGACUCCACCAAACAAGUCAGAGGUUCCUUCGAGGACAUCAUCAAGGCCAUCAAGGAAAUCACCUACAAUGGUGUCUCAUGGGCUGAAGGUACUUCUCACCUCACCCCAUUCGAAUCCCAAAGCAACGACGCUUAG